AAAGCCGGGACGGAGCUAUUACAGUGAUGCACACCCCAAAUAACUAAGCAUGGCGUCAGGUCGUUUGUACAAACUACAAUGUCUCCUAACACAAUUAUCCAUUCGCAACCAUUUACCGUAUGUACGAACUUGUUUGGUCGCAGUUCGACAAAAGUCAAGUGUUGCUACGCCUUUUCUUGAUGGGAAUAACUGUAAUGUGGAAAUUGGUGUGACUUCAGAUGGGAAAACUAUAGUGUGCCACCAUCCCACCAUCGACAUUCCUUAUGAGCUUACCCAGCCUAUAGAAAGACCAGACCCCCUGGCUAACCAGGUCGAGACGCACGACCAGGUUUUAAAGGCCCGCCUCAGCAAGGAGGUGCUCAAGGACAAAGAGGGCCCCACUAUAGAGGAGCUGAGCAAGAUGUUUUUCACUACAAAACACCGCUUUUAUCCAAUUGGACAGUAUCGCAGGAGACGUAUGAAUAAGGACCCACCAAAGGACAGAUAAUUGACAGCUUAAGCUACCAAACAGCAAAUUAAGUUUGUUGUUGCAGUAAUGUUUAAUAAACUGUUCAAUAAUAA